AACCACACCCACCAUGUAAACUUCCGCACACACACACGGGACUUCGAGGACCACCUGCAAAGAUGCCGCCUUUCGGGUUCCGAAAGCGUGAGCGCUCCUCCUCCCCGCCCGUUCCUCAGAAGAAGGCGAAAGCCACGCCCUCGCGAGCAAAGCCGACGCUGUUCGAAACCGUCGAUUCCCCGAGCACGAACGAGAGAAGUCUAGAGGAGAACAAGAAGUUUCUCCAGAAGCUGGACGAUGACGAUGAUGCCUCCUCCCUCAGCGAAGCCGACAGUGACGAGUUUGAAGAUGUGCCUCCGGCGAAGCGACGCAGAGUCGAUCCUGCAGAAGACGAGGAUGGGGAGCAAGAGGACGAAGAGGAUGAAGUUGAAUGGGAGGAUGCUAUUCAACCAGAGGACACCUCUGAGCUGUAUACCUCGACAUCUGCUCUCCAGCAUGAGCCCGAAAUCACCGAUGUGUCCAUUUCAGUCAACGAUGAUGGCACGUACAUCGAGCCGCUGGUCUCCGCUGCCACUGGCAAGAAGGGACCCUCCAAACGCGAGCGCCAGGUUCGCGUGCAGACGCAUUGCUUGCAUGUGCAGAGUUUGAUGUGGCAUAACACUGUGCGGAACUCAUGGCUCAACGAUAAAGAGGUGCAGAAGACGCUGAUGAAUGGGUUGACGGAGGGUGUCAAGAGAGAGGUGGAAACGUGGAAGAAGGCCAUGGGUAUGUCGAGCCAACCCGAGGUUGAAGGAAAGGCGAAGAGCAAGAACAAAAGAGGCAACAAAGGCAAGCAAAAGGCUGGUGGCAGAGACUGGAAUGCAGGAGCAACACAUCUCGAUCCAGGCCCGCGUGCCGGCGAUCCGUUAUUACGACUGCUUAAGGUGCUGGCGGCUUACUGGCGUAAACGUUUCCUAGUCACCGCUCCGGGCCUACGCAAGCAAGGAUACAAACCGCUGAGACGCCUUCGAGAUGACAUCCGCGCCUGGGAGAAGGACCACAAUCGUGACGUGGAGGAGUACGGCGAGCGUGUCGAGAGCUUGUCAGACUUUCGCAAGCUGGCGAAGAAGUGUGAAGGCUCUCGGGAUGUCGGCGGGCAACUGUUCGUUGCUCUGCUCAGGGGCCUUGGACUGGAGACGAGAAUGGUGGCGAAUCUACAGCCGAUUGGAUUCGGAUGGAGCAAGCUGGAAGAAGCCGAUCCCAAAAAGACGAAGAAGGAGGCUGAGAAGUCUGCCAAGGUGGAAUCAGAGUCUGACGAUGAUGCUCCGGUGAUUGUGUCGUCUACGUCCAAAUCAAAGAAGGCGUCCAAGAAGAAGACUCUGGCUGCCGAAAACGCCUCACGCAAAUCAUCCAGAGGCAACAAAGCCGAUCCGAUCAAUCUCGACGAUUCCGACAGUCCACUCAGCAGCGUACCCUCGGAACCCGAGGUGGACGAAGAAGAGGAAGCCGAUGAUAUCUCGGUCAUUGACAUCACGCCUUCUACACCAAAGAGAAAGGUGACGAAGAAAUACGACCGCGGCAUGGCUUUCCCCAACUACUGGACCGAAGUCUGCUCCCCUGUUUCCCACAAAUACUACCCCGUCGAUCCCAUCGUCCUGUCGACCAUUGCAUCAAACGACGAAUUGCUGCAGACCUUUGAGCCGCGCGGAAAAGGGGCGGAGAGAAUGAAGCAAGUCAUGUGUUACACCAUUGCAUUUUCUGCCGAUGGCACCGCCAAGGACGUCACCGUACGCUACCUGAAGCGCCAUCAACUGCCAGGCAAGACCAAGGGCAUGCGUAUGCCGGUGGAGAAAAUACCCAUCAUGAAUAUCCGGGGCAAAAUCAAGAGAUACGAGAAUUACGAUUGGUUCCGCACCCUCAUGUCCGUCUACGACCGGCCGGAAGGCAAACGCACCGCGGCGGAUGACCUGGAGGAGCAGACCGAUUUGAAGGCCUUCAAGCCCACUGAGGAGAAGAAAGUCGUUGCCAAAGAGAGCUUGCAAGGCUACAAGCAGUCCGCUGAUUUCGUGCUGGAGCAACACCUUCGCCGCGAAGAAGCCAUCCUCCCCGGCUCCGAGCCUGUCAAGUACUUCAUGUCUGGCAAGGGCGACAAAGAGCAGGAGUUGCCUGUAUACAACCGCGGAGACGUCGUCAGUUGCAAGACCGUCGAAUCCUGGCACAAAGAAGGCCGUGAGAUCCGCACGGGCGAACAGCCGCUCAAGUACGUGCCUGUGCGGGCCGUGACGCUCAUCCGCAAACGCGAAAUGGAAGAUGUGCAGCGCGAGACGGGCGAGAAGAUGAAGCAAGGCCUUUACUCUGCAGCGCAGACGGACUGGAUUAUCCCACCGGCUAUCCGCAACGGCGUCAUCCCCAAGAAUGCUUUCGGGAAUAUGGACGUUUACGUCCCCACUAUGGUUCCGCGCGGCGCAGUCCACUUGCCUCUCAAAGGAAGCGCAAAGCUCUGCCGUAAGCUCGAGAUCGACUAUGCCGAGGCUUGCACGGGAUUUGAAUUCGGAAAGCAGCGCGCUGUGCCGAUCUUAACGGGUGUGGUGGUGGCGAAGGAGAACGAGGGCAUGGUGAAGGAUGCGUGGAGGGCGGCGCAAAAGGAGCAGAAGAGGAAGGAGGAUACGAAGCGCACGGCGACGGCGUUGCAUUGGUGGCGCAAGAUGGUGCUGGGGCUGAGGGUGUUGGAGCGGAUGAGGGUGGAGUAUGCGGAGAGUGGGCUUGGGGGUGGCGAGGAUGUGAACCCUUUUGUGAGGAGGGAGAAGAAAGAGGUCGCAGGGAAGAAGGUGCAAAUCGAUGAUGAUACGGGAGGAGGCUUCUUCCCUCCUGGGUAUGACGAGGAGGAGGUGCCGAACCGUGGUGCUACGAGUGGCGCGUCUCCCGAUGAUGAAGAAGGUGGAGGAUUUCUGGUGGAGGACGGCGACGAGCAGGAGUCUGGCGGCGGAGGGUUUCUGGUGGAAGACGAUUCCGAGGAAGCUGGACGAGCGACGACGAAGAAACAUGCCCCGAUCACGCCAGUGUCGCUCCAAUCGAUGCACAAAGCGGUCAAUGGGUUCGCCGACUCGGAUGCCGAAGAAUCUACUACUGCGCCCGCGAAAAGCAAGAACAACGGUACCAAGGCAAAACCGCGCCAGUCGAGCGCAAAGAAAGGCAGCAACAAGUCGGACAAGAGCCGCACAGCUCCCACGCCUGACGAAAGCGAUGCCGAGUCCGAAUUAUCAGACAUGAAAUCCGAGGACGACGGAGAGAGCGACCACGCAGCCACUCCUCCACCCAGCAAACGGCGUAAGACCGCUUCCAUUCAAGGCACUCGCCAGAAUGGCAUCGGCUCACGUUCCCGCGCUGCAACGAAGAAAUCCACGCCGCUGAAGAGUCAGUACUUUGUACACGGUGAGGCUGACGAGGCUGAAACCGAGGACGAAUCGGAGCUGGACGCGAACAGUGAAGUGGAGGUCGUGAAGCCGAGGAUGACUACUGCGCGCACGAGAACGAGAGCGAAAGCGAAAGCGAAAGCCGAGAAAUGAGAUGUUGCUGCUGUGAAGGGGCCUCGUAGAGUGGUCUGAUGUCUGUGAUGAACAAUGGCGCGACUUCUGGGCUGAAGAUCCACCUGAGAUUCGGCUGAGCAUUACCGACUGUCAGCUCGCCCUCAUACAUACUUAAUCAAAUACAAUCC